AUGGCCGGAACACUUCCUGGUGUAGAAUGUGCUCGAAGAAGACGUUGUCAUCAAAACAGUAUAUGGUCAGAUUCACCGCUAAUCGCCGCUCAGGUUUUAACUAGGAGAUCCGUUCUCUGCUUGUACACAAGUAACAACGAAGCGCUCCUCUUUUCAAAUCCAUCUAUGGAGAGACGUUUGUUAAUGGAGGCAGAAGGAGAAGAUGAACUGGAUGGAAUUGCGAGAGAAGCGAAGAGGAGAUUGGAUGAGCGAUUGUUGAGAACGCAGAGGAAAUCAGAAGAUAAUGGAAGAGAGAUGAUGAGGAGAAAAUUCAGUUGGAGAAAGUUGAAUUGGAUUGGCGUCGAAGAAGAUAAGUGCGGUCAAUGCCUGGUGAAGAAGACGACUUGGAGUUGA